AUGCUUGGUCUCCUUCAGCAUUUGUUUGAUGAAGUGUCUGUUCAGGUCUUGGUGUCUGGUGCUGUUUCUGCUGGUUUUUGGCCUGGUACUGGUGUGUUGCAGGGCUCCAUUUUGAGUCCUUUUCUUUACUCCGUGUACAUCAACUCUCUGCCUGCGGUGUUGCGUGCUCCAUUUAACCCUCGGGUGGUGGAGCGUCCUCCUCGUUUGUAUAACGGUCUUUGGAUCAAUAGUUUGAUGUAUGCUGAUGAUGUGGUGCUAAUUGGAACUGCCGAGUCUAUGCCUUUGUUACUUGCUCGUGUGGAAGCUCAUUCUGUGUCUCUGGGUUAUCGGUGGAACCCUCUGAAAUCUGUCGUCCUCAAUGCUGGUGUUGGUGGUGGUGCUACUGGUGUCUCUCCUAGUCUUGGUGCUGGUGUUUCUCUGUCUCUCUAUGGUCAAGCUAUACCUACUGCUCACUCUUUUACCUACCUUGGUUUGCCGUUCAAUGUGAAGGGUAGCUUGGACACCGAUCUCUUAUUGACUAGAAAUAGUCAAUCAGCGUUAGGUGCUAUGCGUGGUUUGCAAUCUCUUGGCCUUCAUUCUGCUGGUUUCUCCAAGCUCCUAUCUGCUAAACUGUAUGCGGCCUUUAUUCGGCCCAAACUUGAGUUUGGUCUGUCUAUUUCCUGGUUCUUGAAACGUCAUUUAAAGCUUUUGGAAAAAGCUCAAAAUCAGUGUCUCCGUCUGGCUUUUGGUGGCCAUCGUACCUCUUCCGUCGUGGUUUUUCGACAUUUAACCAAUCUUCCCACUAUGGAGGAACGUGUUGAUAUUCUGACUAGUAAAAUGCUCUGGCGGGUGCAUACGCAACUGCCUGGUGAUACUCUUCUUAUGGUUUUGGCUCCCUCACUUGUGUCCUUCAAGCAUCGUUUGAACAAGUUGGCCGUCAAAAAUCCAAUCUGGGAUCCUACUUUUGCUGGUGGUGGUGCUGAUAAUUCUCUUGCUUUGGAUCGUCGUGGUCUUGCUGACAAGAUCAAGGUGUAUCGUCUUGAUUCCCUCCAAUGUCGGUUACAUCCUGCUCCUCCUGUUUCUCCUCCUGUUCUCCUCUCUGCUUGUCGUCCUUCACUCAUGGUUGAUCCCAUCCUGUAUCUUCCAAUGCCAGCUCCAUGUCGUUGUGGUGCUCCUCACGCUAGCCGCAACCAUCUGCUAGAGUGUCUUGGUGUUGUUUCAAAGCUUUUGUUUACUGAUGAUCCUCUUGGUGCUGGUUAUUUGCCCAAUCCUCUGGACUUUUGGCUCAACCGACUACCUCGUAUGCAACCUUCUGCCUCUAAACUUGUGUCGUCUCGCUCCUUUUGGUCUGUUCGCUGGCCUGUCAUGCUCCAAAUCUUUUUGGAUAUUGACAUGAUCUGUCAUCCUGAUGCUGAAUUUACUGGUAAAGCUCUGGACUUGUCUGGUUCUGCCUUUCUCGACUGGUUGACCCCGGUUUCCUCAGCUACCUCUGUUUCGGGUACGCCUUCUAUCUCUUCCUCAGAUAGUGCUGGUAUUACUGUCGCUAUUCCACAUCUUUUGUCUCACUAA